CUGCAGGAGGUAACAGCCAGCAGCCGCCACUAUGUGGACAGAUUGUUUGACCUCGACCCCCAAAAAGUCCUGCAAGGUGUCAUAGAUAUGAAAAAUGCUGUAAUUGGAAACAACAAACAAAAAGCCAACUUGAUUGUUUUGGGAGCAGUUCCAAGGUUGCUGUAUUUACUUCAGCAAGAGACCUCCAGCACAGAGCUGCGAGCAGAGUGCGCCGUGGUCCUGGGCAGCCUGGCAAUGGGCACGGAGAACAACGUCAAAUCCCUCCUGGACUGCCACAUUAUCCCAGCCUUACUGCAAGGAUUGCUGUCGCCAGAUCUGAAGUUUAUCGAGGCUUGCCUGCGAUGUCUCCGCACCAUUUUCAUCAGUCCUGUAACUCCAGAGGAUCUGCUGUACACAGAUGCUACAGUUAUUUCUCAUCUCAUGGCACUGCUCAGUAGGUCUCGAUACACACAAGAAUACAUAUGCCAGAUCUUCUCACACUGCUGCAAAGGCCCAGACCACCAGACAAUCUUGUUUAACCACGGAGCUGUUCAGCAUAUUGCACAUCUAUUAGUCUCCACCUCCUACAAAGUCCGAAUGCAGGCACUGAAGUGCUUCUCUGUUCUGGCCUUUGAGAACCCCCAGGUGUCCAUGACUCUGGUCAAUGUGUCAGUGGAUGGAGAAUUGUUACCACAGAUUUUUGUGAAGAUGCUGCAGAGGGACAAACCCAUCGAGAUGCAGCUCACGUCAGCCAAAUGCCUUACUUCCAUGUGCAGAGCUGGAGCAAUACGGACAGACGACUCUUGCAUCGUUCUUAAGACUCUGCCAUGCUUGGUUCGAAUGUGCAGUAAGGAGAGGCUGCUGGAGGAGCGAGUGGAAGGGGCAGAAACUCUGGCCUACCUGAUUGAAACAGAUGUGGAGCUCCAGAGGAUUGCCAGCAUCACCGACCACCUCAUCGUCAUGCUCGCUGACUACUUCAAGUACCCCAGCUCAGUCAGUGCCAUCACUGACAUCAAGAGGCUUGACCACGACCUGAAGCACGCCCACGAGCUGCGCCAGGCUGCCUUCAAGCUCUACGCCUCCCUGGGGGCCAACGAUGAGGACAUCCGAAAAAAGAUCAUUGAGACUGAGAACAUGAUGGAUCGCAUCGUUAACGGCUUGUCCGAGUCGAGCAUCAAGGUGCGGUUAGCUGCAGUCAGAUGUUUGCACAGUUUGUCCCGUUCUGUACAGCAGCUCAGGACAAGUUUUCAGGAUCAUGCUGUAUGGAAGCCUUUGAUGAAGGUUUUACAGAAUGCUCCAAAUGAAAUCCUUGUAGUAGCAUCUUCCACGCUAUGCAAUCUUCUUCUGGAAUUCUCUCCAAGCAAGGAGCCUAUUUUAGAGUCAGGAGCCAUAGAACUGCUGUGCAGCCUAACGCAGAGUGAGAAUCUUGCCUUGCGAGUGAACGGCAUUUGGGCUUUGAUGAACAUGGCAUUUCAAGCAGAACAGAAGAUCAAGUCAGACAUCUUACGAGGUCUGAGUACAGAGCAGUUGUUCCAGUUGCUUUCAGACUCUGAUGUAAAUGUCCUGAUGAAAACCUUGGGGCUGCUCAGGAAUCUUCUCUCCACUCGCCCACACAUAGACCAUAUAAUGAGCACUCAUGGGAAGCAAAUCAUGCAAGCAGUGACCCUCAUUCUGGAAGGGGAACACAACAUAGAAGUCAAAGAGCAGACAUUGUGUAUCCUUGCCAAUAUAGCAGAUGGGACGACAGCAAAAGAGCUGAUCAUGACCAAUGAUGACAUCCUGCAGAAAAUCAAAUACUACAUGAGUCAUUCAAAUGCUAAGCUUCAGCUUGCUGCCAUGUUCUGUAUAUCCAACCUCAUCUGGAAUGAAGAGGAAGGUUCACAGGAACGCCAGGAUAAACUCCGAGACAUGGGAAUAGUAGAUAUUCUACACAAACUGAGUCAGUCAUCAGAUCCAAAUCUGUGUGACAAGGCGAAGACAGCACUCCAGCAGUACCUUGCAUGAUCAAAGGCUAACUGAAGCUAUGGACACCCCUCAUGUCUACUUAAGGAACAGCAGGAGAUAUCCUGACUCCUUAAAUUUGCACAAGUCACCUUGGGCUGCAUUUUCUCAGGUGCAGGGAGCUGCUUUGCAGAAACAGUUCAAAUGAUCAGGUCUCCGGUGCACUUGAGAACUUUCUUGAGGUAGUUUCUUUACUCAGAGGACUCUGGGGGGUUGUUUUGGUUUUUUGGUUUUUUUUUUAUCCUGAGCUACCUGGACUUUGGAUAGAACAAUCAGUCAUUGUUUUCCUUUUGGGCCUACAAUUUUCUGCUUUUUGCUGCAGCCUGUGUGGGUGUGUGUGGGUGUGCUCGGGUGAGUGUGUGCUUGGGUGAGUGUGGGUGGGUGUGAGACCUCUGUUUUGGUUUUCUUUUUUUUUGUGUGUGAAAAUCUUUUUCUACAGGUUUUCAAGGGUUAACCAUUGUUUGCUGUACGAAUACUUCAAUGAAUUAUAUACAGUUUAAUGAAAUGUUAUUUAAAAAAGAAACCAAACUGUUGUAUCCCAUAAAGUUUAUUUUGAAUUUUGAACAGAUGAAUGUUUUUAAGUAAAAUAUAUGCAUUUCUGAACUU